UCGAUGGGGGUUGCAUACAUUCUUCAGCUGAUCCCCAGGUUUAGAUUGUCCGAAACGGCCGCCGCCGAUUCCGCUCUCUCUGCCUCAUUUGUGAAUGCAAAUCGAGAAAGCUACAGCCUUUCCCCAUUGAUCUCGUAUGACAUUCAGCCUAAAGGAAUGCGCCUGCAGUAAUAGUGUCCACUUAUCUAAAUAUGGUCGUGCCCUCUUAUCGGGGUGGAGAUAAACCCUCCUCCGAGAUAAGUGCUUUUAUAGCGUGUACAGAUACAGCCUUCCUACAUUUGAAUUUGCUGAUGAUUCCCAUGUCUUGAAGCAUUUUGUGUCCAACCGCCCCAUUUAGACGUAUUAACAGGUGGUUAAGCAGGGCCAUAAGUGCAGCCAUAUAAUUACAUACGUAGAGGACUCGAAUACUGGCGCCAACAGUAGUCCACUCCAGAUUUCCUGACGGGGGACGCUGAUUAUUUUGGGUUACAGAAGGUCGCCUUCUUAUUGAAGCGAACAGCAUUCUGAGCGUUGACUGUGUGGGCAACUGUUCCGUCAGAAGAUGUUCAGUCGUUAGUCUGAGAGAACAAGCACUGGCUUUGAUCCCCAACAGAUUGACUCACAGAACUUCUUUGUUUCAGUCACGAGUAUGAGGGUCACACUCACUCGCUCUUCAUUAACCUGUAUUCUUGUCGUUUUUCAUGGCGACUUCUUCUCCCUUGUACCUCUGCCUACUCCAGCAUGGAGAGUCGACACGGAGGUGAUGAAUGUAAUUAGUCUCCCCAGCGUUCCAAGUCCAACAGCAGUAGGCUUGCCCGAGGUAGAGUACCCGGACGAAGGCUCGUUCCUUUCUUCUACAGCGAGCGUUGAAAUUCAACAACGACACGAUCCCGAAACGCUGGAAAGGCGGAAUGACAUGCGAGGUUGUACAGGAGGAACGAUUCUUGAUCCCAUCUCCAGUUCCGCCGAAUGGAGAACUGAAGGCAUCGUAACUUCAAACCGCCUACACGAUUUGCUCAAUAUUUGCCAAGACGAUCGGUGUUCGUAUACUAAAGAUUAUGUAAAUGGUGACUUCGUGUCGUCCAAUAAAGAAGAAAAUGCGUAUCGCUGGUGGACUGGAUUCGAGCAAUACAUGCCGUCCAGGGGAAAUUCCUUGAGUCGUCUCUCUUCCGGUUGGGCGGAACAGCCUCUGAUAGUACCGCAAGACACUCCAGAAGUCUUAAGACAAGUUGACCAACAGAAGAAACCACUCUUUACAGACCGAAGCGUUGCAUCUGUCUUUUUUCCGUUCACAAGCGACGCACGUCCGGUUGUCUUGCCUGGCGAAACCAGCUCUGUUUUAAGUGAGAAAAGACGGUUGCAGCCGUCCUCGACAGUGGAUUCAGCGAUGACCCUCAGAGAAGGUGGAAGCGAACCGAGUGCGAACACUGCUUCUUCAGAAGGACUUUCUUCGUCGCGUGAAGAAGAGGAACCUGGUGAUCAGAAAGAAGUGAUGGGGCUAGGCGACAUGAUAGCGGCCGGACGUCAGCGUCGGCAAGCUGUCGAGGCACUGAGCAUGAUGGGUUUCCAAAUGCCUCCUGGUGGUAUUGCCUCAAUGAGUCCGCAGCAGCAGCAAAUGAUGGCCACGUUUCUCACGCAGCAACAGAUUCAGAGCCAACGUCAAGGCUUCGCAGGGCAAUCUGCGCCGAUGGGAUCAGAGCAGCAACUCAUGCAACAGUUUCUCACGGGGCAGCAGCAGAGUCAGAUGAUGCAAGAGAUGAUGCGUGGAAACCAAAGCGGUGGAAGGGGAGGCGGGAGAGCAAAUCGGAACCACCAAGGGAACUCGCACAGUUCGGGAGCGGGGCAGAGGGGAGGACGGCAACAGCAGCGGCAAAACAGCCCCUCCGUGGGCGUUUCUCUAGGACAAAUGACAAUGGCGCCUUCCGUCGGUUUUCUGCAAGCGCCGCACCCCGGAAACGCAAUCUACUCCCCCCAGCCGGCUUACUCUUCGCAAAUUCCCUACACAUACAACCCCUUCUCACCAGGGGGAAUGACCAUUUCGGCACCGUCAGUGCCUGUGGCAAGAGGGGCGACGCCUGUGGGUUCUGUACCAGGUGUGUCUCAGCAUUACCCUUCUGCGCCAGGAGUGAAUCCAGCGACACCGACUGGCGGUUAUGGCUAUGGGGGCGGUGUCAACACUGGCGCGUACGCAUCUGCAUUGUUGCCAGGCGGGGGAAGCACACUUGGCGGCUUUGCCAACCAAGGAAACGCCAGCCUACGUUUCACAGGGUUCACAGGAGGAAACGCUGCCAGCACACCAUCGCCAUACGAUCCAAAUCUCCAACAAAGACAGUCAGCAGAAAGUGUAGACCAGGCGGCGCGGUGGGCAGAGCAACUCCGAAGGCAACAAGAGGGGUGGGCUCGGCAGAACCCUUGAGGAAGUGACGGCUGGUCCAAACGGUGUAACUCAUGGACGGAAGCCAGGAUGUCCCGACGCUCUUAUCUACUUGCGACAUUUCCUAGGCCCUGGAAUUGCUAGACUGCGUUUCAAAAACGUCUUUGGAAAAUAGCAGUGGUAGAAUGUGGAAGACAGAGAACAACAAGUGUCCGCAGGGGCACCUAAGGGGUCGAUGUCGUACAGCGUUUCUGCUUCGCGUUUCGUGUAAGCAGUUUCUGCAUCUUUGUAUUCCGUUCGUGCAUGAAACUGCACAGAUGCCCGAGGUGAUAUAUAUUUCGGAAAAGCAAAGAAUCGAUUUGGCUAUAGGAUAAGGAAGGGACACAAAAGACUGUCUCACUGCGCAAAACAUGCAUUGGGCUUUUUUCCGGCCAUUUCUUUAGAAUAGAGCUUCCUAUUUCGGUUUGGGGUACGCCAGCAAGCUUUGCUGCAGAGAAUAACAGCCACACUUGGCCAGUUGGGAACACCGUCAGGCUUCUGAGGGUUCAAACCUGAAAGAUAGUGUGACCGGAAAACCACAUGUUUCCGAGCAGAUUCGAGGCGACUACACAGAAUGACAUGACGGACUCUUGCCAAAACUCAAACGGGAU